GCGCCCUGACGCCACCUAAAUAUUACGACAUCCUCGAACCAGGAUACCGUUACUCCAAGUCAUAUACGUGAUCCAAUCAAAACACCGGGACCGCGUCUAAUGAAAUACAAAUAAUCGUAACAUGUGAAAAAUUGCAUAUCACCGCGCCGAGAUGAGCUCCAUCGACGUCGUUGUGUUCCGCAACUCGCCGCUCAACAAGACGCAGGUGCUGCAGGAGUCCGUGAAUAAUUCCGUGAAUAUCAACAACAAUGACGCUAAUCAAAACAUCCGGCGUGAGAUUAUUAUAGUGCGAAAGAAACCGAGGAUUCAACCUCCGAACACGGUUUCAGUUACGUCAUUGCUUCGAACCUCCGACCCCGUAGCGUCAAACGUGCUCGCCAAGAAACCACGGAUACAUGAAAAUAUUACAGAGGACACCGCACGAACGCCGACGCCGCUCGCUGUGGUUCGGCGAAAUGCGCGGGAACGCAACAGAGUCCGGCAAGUGAAUGAUGGAUUCGCCGCUCUACGCAAACACAUACCGGAUGAAGUUGCUGCAGCCUUCGAAAGUGCUAAUUCCAACAGAGGACCGAACAAAAAGCUAAGUAAAGUAGAAACGCUACGGAUGGCAGUUGAAUAUAUUAGAAAUUUGGAAAGUUUAUUGAACAUUGGCCACGCAAACAAAGAAAAUGCUACAAGACCGUGUAUGGAAUCGUUUCCUUCGCCGGCAUCAUCAUCUCCCAGGGACAAUAGUCAAGAAAGAAGUUAUUAUUCGUUAAAUUCUCCAGCUCUUGAAGAUGAUGAAAUUGAUGAAGAUGAAUUAGACGGAGCUAUGGUGCAUAUCCCGCAGAAUCAGUAUGUUGAUUUGUCGGCACCGGAAUCUUUUCAACUGGUAUCUACUCCACAUUUGUAUGAAGAAGAGGAAGGCGUCGGCCAACCAAUGACCCCUUCCUCAGAUCUUCUUGGUCAAGACGAAAUAAACUCUCACAUGUUAGAAGGCCAUUUUCCGUUCCCUAAUUCGGCAGAACAAUUUACAGUGAUUCCUGAACAAAGUUAUUUAAAUGAAAGUGAAGUUGUUGUGAACGAGAAUGAUUUCGAAGUCAAAUAUGCGGAUUCGAUAACUCAACAAAUACACCACGAUUAUAGUGCAGCUGCCGAUAUACCACUAGAAGCAUUCCCACCAGAUUUAAUAUUAUCUAACAAUCAGUUCAAGUUUAAGCACGAAGAUUCAUUUACAAAAUCAGAGGAAUACUCUGACGUCGAACUGAAGAAAGAGUUGCCGGAUAUUCAAGUGACACCUGAAGAUAGGGAGCAAUUUGAAGAGACAUUAAAAUGGUGGCAAGAGAAAACGCGGCAAGCCCGUCCGUCAAGAAUCACGAGUAAUAAGAAUUAAUUCUUAGUCGCUAUUUUAGUUAAAUUAAUUUGAGAUAUAUGUUGUGAUGCAACUGUAGUUAACAUACAGCUGUGAAUGCCAAAGUCGAUGGCUCAACGCAAGGUGUGCUGUAACGGUCAGCGAUUAACUUUACUUUUACUCAAUUUAUUCCACACGCUUAGUUCAAACGAGUUCGUUAAUUGAUCGAAUGUGACUGCGUUUGCACUUAGACAAUUAUUUUAAAACUAGUGUUAGAGAUCAUUGUAAGCCUAAUAUUAGUACUAAUCUGACAUGAGAAGUUUAAUUAAGAAUCCAUUAGAGAAACUAUUUGUGUACCUGCAUGCUUGUACUAUAUUUUUUGUAAAUAUGUAAACGGGGCACCUACUUUUAUAAAGACAAAAAUAAUGAUAGUGCCUUAA